CUUAAAAUAAAUGUAGAAAAUCCAAAUAAAAACUCCAUCAAAAAUUCUGUAACAAGUAUUGAAAAUAAUUUAGAAAAUUUUGAGGACGAAAAUGAAAUAGAAGAAUUAGAAGAUGCAGACAUUCAAUUGUACGGAAAAGACUUCGAGCCUAAGAUGAUACAUUUUGAGAACAACUUUUAUUGCAGAAAUGCAAUGUUUUAUUUAGCCAUAGAAAAUGCACACAGACCAUUGCAACUUGUUAGGAGACUGUUAACAGGAAUAUUUAAAAAAGUAGCAUUAAUGAACGGUACUCUGACUGGACAAACUGCUAGAGCACAGGAAAGAGACCGGCAAUGCGUAAAAAUGACAUGUCUACAUCCCUUUGCCAUUAAUGCAAUAGUUGGUUUUUCUAUUGAGCAUGGGAUAAAACAUAGUUGGAUCCAGCAAACAAAGAAAGAGUUACAUCGAUCUAUAACACAAAAAAUUGUAGAGAUAAAAAGAGAGUCAAGAAAUGAGCUGUAAAGUAGCUCAUUUCUUCUUGCUUCUUUUUUUAUUUUUCUUGUUUAACGUAAGUCAAAACAUUUACGUUUCUUUUUCCAUGAAUUAAAUAAUCCCAAUUAGUAAUAUAAUUUAGUAAUAGUGUAAUAUUAAAUUUCUGGUAAUACUUGAAUUUAUUAUAAAUACAAUUCACAGCCUUUUUUUUAGAUUACUAACUAAAACUGUAUAUUAAGUAUAAAUUACAUUAGACUAUCUUGAAAUCCGUGAACCAUUUCGUAAGAAAAUUUGUUUCAAAUUCUAAUUGUAUUCGAAUCAAAGAUUCAAUUUGAUUCGAUUAGACAAAAAGAUUGUAGAUUAGAUUCAAUUUGAUUUCGAAUAUGUUAUAAGAAACUCGAUUUAAUUUAAUCUCACAAAUUUGAUUCAUGUAACUCUAAAGUCCUUAUAUCUCUAAAGUUAUAUACUGCUUGAAAAAAAAUCUUUAAAUGUCUAUUUUAUUUUAUUUACCGAGAUUUUUUAAUUCGUGAAUUUCAAAACACCAUAUGUAUAUUUAAUACAGUUAAAAUAUUAAUAACUUUUAUUCAAACAAAAUCAGUAUAAUGACAUAAUACUUUAUUAAAUAUUUACUUUUUAUUAAUGUCUUGACAAAAACUCUUUUUCGUUUUUGUAUUUGUAAGAUUGUUAUUAAAUAUCGAAUUAAUAGCUAUAAUUGUCAUU